AUGCCAAAGCUGGUCGAUUCCUCCGAAGUCAUGACUUCUCGGCGAUAUGUUCACCUCCCUACAGAGAUCUUAAUACACAUCGCCAAAUUCAUUUUUGAUGAUUGGCGUGAUACCGAUCCCCCUUUUUUCCAAGUCACACUUCAAAGGUUCUGUGCGGUCUCUCGUCAGUGGUACUCUGCUGGCAUCGAAUUUCUCUACUACCGACCUCAACUUGACGAAGGGAAUAGCUUCUCGCUUUUCACCAAUACCGUGUGCCCGCCAAUUCGCUCCCGAGAACGAAAAGUGGAUCUGGGAUCGCUCGUUCAGGUCCUGAACCUCGAGGCCUUGGUACAUCACAGCUCUAAUAGCCUGACGGCACGGCUUCUAGGUCGAGUGAAGAAGAACCUAAAGACUUUUGCUGCUCCGAGGAUCUCUUUUUCGAUCAACAGCCUUGCGCCCUUAUCAAAGUGCAAAGAGCUUUCCUAUCUUUGCCUUAGCUUAGUAGCUGAGCCAAUUCCGCUUUCUGCUAUCAAGAAAGCCAUCAGCAGCCUCGACAAACUGCAAUCCCUCAAGCUUUCAUCUUCAACGUUCAUCACGGACGACGGUUCCAGUGAAGGUUGGCCACCCAAUCUGACAAGUCUCCAAGUUGGCGGGCAAUUUGAUGUUGAGAAAAUGUCUUCUUUCAGGUGGCCCGCCAACUUGGUAUCGUUGUCGUUUUGUGGUUGCGAGGAUCUGGACACUUCUGCCUUGGAACAGAUCCUUAUCAACGACCAGCUCCGCACCACGCUUAUUCAAUUGACCAUUCACCGUUCUAACCGCGGGAUGUUUGACGUGGGACCAUCUGCGAUUUUAUCAGAACUCCUUUCUUUGAAGUCUCUUCGGAUACCCGCUGAACUGCUUUACGAUUUACUCCUCCUUCCUGCGUUUGAUCCAAUGGGUUCUCCAACGUCGAUUCGUGAGCUGGAGCUCACGGCACCAUAUGACGAGAAUUUUGCUACAAAUAUUGAUCCUGAUGAUAUUUGCAAGGCCCUAAAUAUGAAUCUUUCUCGAGUGUGCUAUCUUGGUAUCAGCCCUGCCUGUCUUGGGGUAAUACCUGAAGCAUCACAUGCCAAAAUUGACAAGUUUGUGUGGAAAAACAUUGAUAAGUGUCCUGAGGAGGAACUUGAUUCUUUGUUUGACUUGGGCCUCGUUGUCAUGGAUAAGGAGCCACUUUGCUAA